GGUGUGAAACUUCUAGAGAAGUAGAGCUCUCUGCAUCUAACCAGGAAAUGGACGUUGACACAGGAAACUGGUGGUCAUGUUUUCACAUGGUGCAUCUCUGAGGGAAGCCAGUAUCAGAUACGAUUGGUUUCCAACCGUCUUAAGAGGCGAGCUGCACAGACUAGUGGCGAAAUGAGAACAGAGUAGUGGAACGUAGGGAAACUAGUUCAGACGAGUCCCUUUUUCAUUUACUAGGAAAGGAAGGGACUGACAGCUAUUUGUCUGGUUUUAGAGUGGCGAAAGAGAUUCUGUUUCCAGGAAGCCCAGAUCACAGUUAUGACACGCAGUGGUGGGUUGGAUAUUGGAAUGAAGGAAGUGGUACGGAGUGAUGCACCCUGGACCGUCACUGGCUUUAGCAAUCAUGGCAUGUUUUCUGCAGAGAUACUUCUGUGAAAGUCGCUGGGACAAGGAAGAAGGUUUGAAGCCAGGCUCAGAGACGUACGGCUACAAAGCUUUCUCUGGGGAGGGGUUUGUCAUGCAAUGUACCAAACCACAGUCCGCCGGUCUCUGUGAGCGCCUCUACAACAUCACAGCCAGCUCUGAGGAAGCUGAUUGGUCCAAGGCCGAAGGGGAAACCAACAGAGACAGAGAUGACGGGGCCGUGACAAGACGGGGGAACGCGCUCUGGUUCUCUACCGUUACUGCAAAGGACUCUGGGAAGUACACAUGCCACACAGGUGGUAUGGUGAUCCACGUCUAUGUGGAGGUGCUGGAGAGGGCCAGCCUGGGGUGCAGGGACACAGAGGAGAACAGAGUCACUCUGGUUCUGGGCAAAGGUGGCAGGAUCCCAUGCCCUGGGAUCAAAUGUCAGACACAGAGGUCAGAGGUCACAUGGUACAAGGACGCCAGGCCUGUGUGUGAGCUACAGGAUAAGAGGACUAUCUCUGUGGAAGACAGUUAUACUCUUCUGCUGGGUACUGUCUAUGUGAUUGAUGCUACAGUGUAUUUCUGUGACUACACCUACGAAGACAACGGGAUCCCCUGGACAGUCAGGAGAUCUGUUAACGUCUCGGUCAUACCCGCUGACACCAAAGACCCUCCACAGAUUACUUAUCCCCAUGGCAACGAGGAGGGCGUGGAGCUGGGGGAGCCUCAUAAUCUGAGCUGUCAGGUGCAUUUUGGGUUCCAGAGGACCUUUGACCCAGUGGUCCAGUGGUGGAUCAGUUCCCAUAGCAACCAUGAAGGCAUGAUGAAACUGAUGGAGAUGGAAGCACAGCAGGUGUGGGAAAGGAGUAUUGAAGAGUUUGAGUUCACGGUCACCAGGACAGCUCAAAUCCCGGAGGUGACUCAGCUACACCUCGACUCCACCUUCACCUGUCUGGCCCAGAAUUCUGUAGGCAACAGCAGCGCCACCAUCAGGCUGACAAGGAAAUCUGCAGUUUCCCGUGUGCUGGUGAUAGUGUGUCCGGUGGUGUCUCUGCUGUUUGUAGCUGGGAUUGGCAUUACAGUGCACGUCUACUGGCUAGAGAUCUCUAUUCUCUACAGAAUCUACGUCCCAUACAAACAGACCACCACAGAUGACAAGGAAUAUGAUGCCUUUGUGUCCUACGUGCCCUGCUCUUCCUCUGAGGCGGGGGGAGGAAGAGGAGGAAGAGAGGAGGCGCUGGAGGUGCUCCUGCCCAAGGUUCUGGAGGGGCAGUGGGGGUACCACCUCUUUCUGCUGGAGAGAGACCUGCUGCCGGGCGGAGCGUAUACAGAGGAUGUGGUGUGUGCGAUCCGCAGCAGCAGGCGACUGGUGUGUGUCCUGAGUCCUGACUACCUGGCCAGUACCUGUCUGUUUGAACUGGAGACGGGCAUCAGAGCCUUACAACAAGACCCACACUUCAGACUCAUCCUCAUCUGGACCAGCACCAUUCCCAACACCAGUCCUAGCCCCACCAGCCCCAACACCAGUCCUAGCCCCACCAGCCCCAACACCAGUCCUAGCCCCACCAGCCCCAACACCAGUCCUAGCCCCACCAGCCCCAACACCAGUCCUAGCCCCACCAUCCCCAACACCAGUCCUAGCCCCACCAUCCCCAACACCAGUCCCAGCACCACCAGCCCAACCAGCAGCAGGCCUCUAUCUCUACCCCUGUCUCACACCCUGGGCAUGGUGACUCCAGCCUCACCGCUGCCCCCACUAGUUCGGAGGGCCAUCAGAGUCCUGCCUGCUCUGCGCUGGACCCCCCAGGACCAGGGAAGGAUGAUAACUAGCUCCAACUCUGGAUCACGGUUCUGGAGAUCCCUCCACAAGGCCAUGCCAGCCCAGAGUGGGACUGGGACAGACACACAGACACUGUUAGACAGACACACAGACACCCAGGACAGAGGGACUGUUUUGUAGUCGUUAGGGCGGUUCUCCAGUAACUUGACACCUUGUAUAUAUAUUUUUUGGGGUUGAG